CUAUCUCUAUCUCUAUCUCUCUAUUUGUGACGAUUGCUUAUCGAGAUUUCAACUGUCCGUUGAAGAUUGAAGAAGCUUCCUUUAUUUUUCUUCAACUCUUUUUAAAGACCCAUUUUCUGUCUGUAUUCCUCUCUAUUUAUUGUCUUUGUCACUUUUUUUUUUCUUCCACAAAUGUUCCAAGAUUGAAAUUUGCCAGCUGAUUUUACAACCAAGUUGAGGUUGAGUUGAUUCCUUUGUAUUUGCCUUUUCACAGAGGAUUUGGGUUUUGCUUAAUUAAGCUAAAGAGUUUCUAUAGUAGGGUUUAUUUGCUUCAUUUUGAAUCAAUUCCCAGAAAAUACGAACCCCAUCUUGUUGUUUUUUAUGGAAAAUUUUGGCUCCUCUGUUUCAAACCAGAAAUUACUAGAGAAAUUGACCUAUUGCCUAAUCUGCUGAUUAUAAAACCAGGUGCUCUGGCAGAUACGAGAAGAUUUUAGGAUAUGGGAUGCUUUGUUUCGACGCCGCAGGAUACUGGUGGGAAUAGAAGGCGGCCAGGAAACAUUGGCGAGGUGUCUGUAUUUGUUCCCGGAUUACGUAUCCCUAAGCCAGUUGAUUUAUCUCUUGCACUUGGUGAUCAAUUGUCGAAAACCCUGGUGGAGCGCCUUUCCGCUCUCAGGACCAGAAUAGUGGUUAUGGCAGGGCAAGAAGCUCCCACAAUUACAAGGACAAGAAGGAAAACUGCUACUCAGCAUGGAGGUUCAACCCUUGCUGAUCUAUUGCAGGCUCUCGAAGAUUAUUUGCCUGUUCUUUUGGGGCUAGUUAAAGAUGGUAGCACAUUACAGCAUAAAGUGCAAUUUAUUUGGGUCAAUCAAGAGGAUGAUGCAGAGGAAACUGCAAUGUUUAGUGCUUGGUAUGAAAUACUGUCCGUUUUGCACUUGAUGGCAACACUAUCAUUAUCGCAAGCUAACUUGCUGCUUCUUCCUAGAACAUCUCUUGAUGGUUAUUCACCAAAGGUAUCUGAAGAGAGCAGGCGAUCUUCUGUUGAUAUUUUCCUAAAGGCUGCUGGAUAUCUUGAUUGUGCAGUUCGAAAUGUUCUUCCCCAGUUGCCAGCCGAGCAAAGGAGAAACCUGCCGGUAGACCUCGCUGAAGGAGUUCUGCGAGCAUUGUGCCUCCAAGCAUUAGGGCAGGCCGUUGAUAUUCAACUUGGACUUGCAAUUGACAGUACUAAAGCAACACUGGCUGUCAAAAGAAGGCUUGCUUGUGAGAUGGUAAAAUACUGGCAGCAGGCUCAAGAUAACAUCAUGAACCUUCCAUUAUCAAAUGGUUGGGGAGAAAAGCAUAGGCUUUUCGUGAAGUGGAAAUAUAUUGAAGCCAAGGCUUCAGCAUACUAUUAUCAUGGUCUAAUCCUUGACGAAGGAAACACAGAAAAAUCUCAUGGAAUGGCGGUAGCUGCCCUGCAAGCAGCUGAUGAGUAUCUUAAAGAAAGUAAGAAGGCAUGUGAGGCUUUCAAUGCAGCCAUUCCUCUCUCCAGAAAUCCUCCACUUUGGGGAACGAUGAAGUAUCUUGCCGAGAAAAUCCCAAAGGACACUUCGAGCAAGGUGCGGAUCAACAGGGAUUUGUACUCUUAUGAAAAGAUCAUGGAAACAGCCCCAACGCUGCCAGACUUUGCAUUGGCUCUCAAACCUGAUGAAUAUCAGCUUCCUCAUGUGGAUGCAUCUUGGGAUGAUGAAACUUACAGGCAGGGGACAGCUUAACCCGAACAAGCUCAAAGGGUGACUUAUUCAGCUCAUCAGAUUUCAGACUCUGGAAAAUCCAGACUGCUUGAAAAUGCAGCAUGACUGUCGUCAUAUCUCCAAGAUAUCAAACUCUUGCUAUUCGCCAAAGGUCCCCUCUUUGCUGCACCUCUAGUUGAAUGUGAUCUCUAUUUCUUCCAGUAAAUUUAAUCUUUAUUUCCUUUUUCCAAUUAGAUGUAUAGUCAACCCUGUGAGUGAGUUCUGUACAAGUCGCUUUGCUUUUGUUUGUAAUCUUUGAUCAACAGGAAAAAGGAUGUAUUUCUUUCCCAGCCUACCAAAUAAUUUCUAGUUCCACUUGUCCACCAACAUGAAGCCAGAACCAAUUGUGCAAGUUGUUUGAAAGAAAAUGCUUUUGUAUAAAUUCCACAAUUUGUGUCUUUUGAAGAAGCUUAUUAGCUAAAAGAACCUCCUCUGUAUCUUUACUUUUUUCAAUUCCAAUUUCUGACUUGCAAGUGUAUAAAAUGCAAACAGUUCUCCGGAAACUAUUCAAAUGCUAGAUCUCUUUGGCACUGAGCCUUU